GUUCUAUCUCAACAAGUGCCAUCGGGUCUUACGAGUUUGCGCUGGCCAGAUUCAAUUACCAUCUUCAAUGAAUAUUACAAAGCGGAAGUUCCUUUAAAGGCAAAAUUUUUGCCUUUAUUCGAAAAAUGUCAAAACGACUCGGUAAUAAAAUGUUUAUUUGAUGGUUACCUAGCAAAGUUGUUUGGAUUUAAAGUCGAUUAUCAGCCAACAAAAACGGCGGUCGAGCUGAACAAAGAAAUUGAAAACGGGAAAUUUCAAGAAUCUCUACAAAAGUUUAUGCAACGUACAGACAAGUCCAUGCAAGAAGAAGAUGCUACACAGUCAAAGCGUGUGAGAGUCGCGGGAAGCAAUCCGCGGUAA